UGCCUCACGGGACACACAGCAGCGACAUAAAUGGCUAGCUGCAAAAACAAAAGGACAACACAGAGACACAGAUUUCAGAAAGUCUGUCUGGCCGCCGCACCAUGAAGGACAAACUGUGAGCUUCCUUUCAAAGUACCAACAAUGAUGAGAUCACGGAGCGGCGCGUUUUUAAAUGCAGUUUGUGCAGCGCAGCCGAAGCUGCUAAAGGGCAUUGCAAGCAGACAGCUCCACAGCACAUACGACGUGGCCGUUGUCGGUGGCGGCAUCGUGGGCCUGGCCUCAGCCAGAGAGCUAAUUCAAAGACAUCCGGCGCUCACCUUCGUCCUGCUGGAGAAAGAGAAAGAACUUGCUGCGCACCAGAGUGGGCACAACAGUGGCGUGAUCCACAGUGGGAUCUACUACACGCCGGGCUCGCUGAAGGCUCGGCUGUGUGUACGAGGAGCGACGUUAGCGUACCAGUACUGUGAGAAGAAAGGGAUUCCUUAUAAACGAUGUGGAAAGCUAAUUGUGGCAGUAGAACAAGAAGAAAUUCCCAGACUGAAAGCUCUCUACGAACGCGGCUUGAAGAACAAAGUGCGCGACCUCAGCAUUGUCGACUCCAAGGGGAUCCGAGAGCGAGAGCCGUACUGCCGGGGGAUAAUGGCCUUGGAUUCACCCUACACCGGCAUCGUUGACUGGCGGAUGGUGGCCCUCAGGUACGGCAGAGACUUUGAGGAGGCAGGCGGCACCGUGCUUACCGAGUUUGAGGUCAGUGACAUGUCCGUGGUGAAAGAGAGUCCAGCAGGGAGCCCCGACGGACUGAAACAUCCCAUUGCAAUAAGAGAUAAAAAGGGCGACGAAGUGCGGUGCCGUUACGUCCUGACCUGCGGAGGCCUCUACUCGGACCGGCUGUCGCAGAUUUCUGGCUGCAGCCCGGAACCGAGGAUCGUCCCCUUCAGAGGAGACUACCUGGUGCUGAAACCAGAGAAGCACUACCUGGUCAGAGGAAACAUCUACCCUGUUCCUGACCCUCGUUUCCCGUUCCUCGGAGUUCACUUCACGCCGCGGAUGGACGGCGGCGUCUGGCUCGGCCCCAACGCGGUGCUAGCAUUUAAAAGGGAGGGCUACCACCUGUACGACUUCAACGCCCGUGACUUUGCAGACGCACUCUCCUUCAGAGGCCUUCAGAAGCUCGUGCUGAGGAAUGUAACUUAUGGGAUCGGGGAAAUGUACCGAGGAGUUUUCCUUGGCGCGCAGAUUAAGAUUCUGCAGAAGUAUAUCCCCGAACUCUCUCUAAGCGACGUGCUCAGAGGUCCAACGGGAGUCCGAGCUCAGGCCCUCGACCGGGACGGGAACCUUGUGGAUGACUUCGUCUUCGACGGCGGCGUCGGAGAUUUGGGCAGUCGGGUGCUCCACGUGCGCAACGCCCCCUCGCCGGCAGCUACCUCCUCCCUCGCCAUCGCCGAAAUGAUUUCGGAUGAAGUGGAGAGUCGCUUCAUGCUGUAGACGCUCACGGCGAUCGGUGUGAUGAAACUGGGAGGGAAAAAAAAACGAAAUGCAGAAAUCCAGCCACAAAUUGAAACUUUCUGAGCCUCUUGAGGUAACGCCAGGCCUUAAGUUGGACUCUUUUUUUUAAAGACUUUUAUCUCUGAAGUGCUGAAACGGGCUGCAAACAUGUUUACUCUUUCACAUCCGUGUAGAAACUCAUCUUUACCCUCUGCACAACCUUCUGGAGACAUAAAUGAAUUUGUUUAGGAUCUUCUUACCUUGUAGGUAUUAAACAGAAUGUGGACAUAAAUUAAGUGUUUCUACUAGUUGACUUGUGGUGCUGAGAUUCUUUUUUUUAAGAUAUUGUGCAUGUUUGAAAAAUCAUUCAUGUCCAGAAAUACAUUUGUCUGCUCAAAAAUGCACAAAAAUGUUUUAAGUUGGUUUUAGAUUCUACUUGAUACCAAAUCUAUAAAUGUCUCUUUGAAGUCAUUUCCUGUCUUUUGAAACUGUGACCUCUUUUUUUUUUUAAGUCGCCUCAGUGAGUUCACCGACUGCUGUAACUAAUAUACACAAAUCUCUGACUGUUAUUUUAUUUUUACAUACUAACAAUUGAAUACAUGAGUAUUUUUUACAGAAAAUAUAUAUUUGGACUGAAUGUGCAGGAAUAUUUGCACCUUUUUAAAGUGCGGCAUCGUUGACGUGGUAAUGACAAAGUCAUUGGGGAAAAUAUACAAAAUAAUCUAGCUAAUCAGUUAGCAUUGGUUAGCAUUUUGGCAGAGGAUUUAGUUUGACGUUGUUUUUCUUUCUGUUUGGUUUGUUAAUGUACAAAUGCCCCCAUUUUUAAAAUAAGCGCAGUAUUCUGCUUGUAUUGCCUUUUUAUUUUUAGUCUGAACUCACUACUUUAGCUCAACUCUGUUUCUAACUAGUAAGUUUUUUUUUUUUUUUUCUUGCUCUCUGUUUCUGGUAUUGACUGGAAUGAUGACAGUGAUCAUCCCAUAGGCCUAGAUGGUGGAGUUAACUUUUCGGGAGUCAUUAAAAGUCAGAGGAAGCCUCAGGUGACGCAGGACACGACAUGGGAACUUCUAAACCACCCCGAUUUAAACCUUCUACCUGACCUUAUGGGUUUUAUUGUGGCGAUCACAGAAGAUUUUUGAUAAUUAACCUGGCCAUUCUUCCAGUCUGUCCUGGUCGUAUUCAUAAACCUCUUCCAUCUGUUUAAUUGUUGCCAUGUUUUCCUGAAGUUCAUGCAGAGUCUUCUCACACAACGGUUUUGCUCCAGUCAUGAAGAACACAAGUGAAUUGCUUUUGAAAGUGGAAUUUGAUUUAGAAAUGUCAGAAUGAACCUGAUUAAUGGAGGAAAAAAAUACAAAUGAACCAACCCAACAGAUUGGUUACUUUGUGUGGUGUCACCAGAAGGCGUGUGGUUGUUUCCUAAGGCAGAUUUUACUAUGGUUAAAUAAAUAAUUUUACAAUAAAAAAGCUAAAUAAUGAUAAGGGGAUAUUGUUCUAUGGAUUGAGGGUUAUAUGUAACUGUUUGAUUUUACGAAAACGUCUGGGUCGAUGCUUUAAAAUACUUUAAUAAAAAUUGUCCAUUCAUUCCACCUUUUCUUGAGCGAUGUAGAAACACAGUUGCUCCACAAGAGGGCGCAAUGACAAUAAACUCCUCCAGUGAACCUUAGAAAAUGUGUUUAAAUUAUCUCAUCUUUGUGCAAGCAGUUUUUACUAAGAAACUUUGCGUCAUGGUUUCCAAAUAAAUUUUAUUUUU